UGCAAAGAUGGCGUGGAGGUGCACUGUGUCGAAUUUGCGAGUGGUGACUUCCCUCUGCUUGCACGGUCCGAUGCCCUGGCAGCCUUUGCACAGGACGGUACGGAUCACCUGGCCGCUGCGGAAUUUGAGCACCGGCCGACCGGCUCUCUCCGCUCGCAAGUUUACAGACAAACAUGAAUGGGUGAUGGUUGAAAAUGGAAUUGGUACAGUGGGGAUUAGCAAUUAUGCCCAGGAAGCAUUAGGAGAUGUUGUAUAUUGUGGAUUGCCAGAGAUAGGCACAAAGUUAAACCAAUUGGAUGAAUUUGGUGCUCUGGAAAGUGUGAAAGCUGCUAGUGAAUUGUAUUCACCCCUGACUGGAGAGGUAACUGAUAUAAAUAAGGCUCUUGCUGACAAUCCAGGACUAGUCAAUAAAUCUUGCUAUGGAGAAGGUUGGCUUAUUAAAAUGACAAUCGAUAAUCCUGCUGAAGUUGAUGAAUUGAUGGAUGAAGAGGGCUAUGAGAAAUUCCUAAAAUCCAUUGAAGACUAAGUCAUUCUUCAUUCUUUAGCAAUAAAAUAAAAUGCUCAUC